AAAAUGAGACGAAAGGUAUUUAAGGGACGUGUGUGUCUAGCAGGUAAUGUGGUGUGUGGAAGGGAGGAGCUGAGAAAAGACAACAGAAGAGAGGGAUGUUUAGGAAGUAAGAUUGAGUCCAGGGUACCAACAAGAAAGCAUGGCCUUCCUCAGGACUCUUUGUGUGGUGACCAUAAUGGUGACAUUCCUGUCAAAAGGCUCUCAUUCACAGCUGAGUGUGUGCGGAACCCCUCCUCUUAACACUAGGAUCGUGGGGGGUCAGGAUGCUCCUGCAGGGAGUUGGCCAUGGCAGGCCAGUCUUCACAGAUUAGGCAGACAUUUUUGUGGGGGAUCCCUCAUCAAUAAAGAGUGGGUGUUGACUGCUGCUCACUGCUUUUCCAGUACCAGUACAUCAAAUUUGCUGGUCUACUUGGGUCGUCUGAGCCAGCAGGGCUCCAACCCCAACGAGGUGACCCGGACAGUCACUCAGAUCAUCCGCCACCCCAACUACACCAAAAGUACCAGUGACAACGACAUGUGUCUGCUGAAGCUCUCCUCCACUGUGACUUUUACAAACUUCAUUCGGCCAGUCUGCCUAGCUGCACCAGGCAGCUCCUUCCAUGCUGGGGCUACUAGCUGGGUCACCGGCUGGGGCAGCAUCAGCAGUGGAGUGUCCCUGCCCUCACCACAGACCCUACAGGAAGUGGAUGUGCCAGUAGUGGGGAACAGGCAGUGUAACUGUAACAAUGGAGUUGGUUCCAUCACUGACAACAUGAUCUGUGCUGGUCUAUCAGCAGGAGGAAAGGAUUCCUGUCAGGGGGACUCAGGAGGUCCAAUGGUGAGCAAACAGGGUACUCGCUGGAUCCAGUCUGGCGUUGUGAGUUUUGGCAACGGGUGUGCCCAGGCAAAUCUCCCAGGAGUGUACGCAAGAGUGUCUCAGUACCAGACCUGGAUCAACACCCAGAUCACCAGUGCCCAGCCAGGCUACGUCACCUUCUCCUCCAGUGGGACUGAUUCUGACCUCAGUGUCUCCUGUACUGGUCUUCCAGCCACAUCCACCACCACAACUGCACCUACGACCACCACUACCACCAGAUCUGCCCCUAAAACCACCACCACAACCACCACUCCCACCAGAACUGCCCCUAAAACCACCAGAACUGCCCCUAAAACCACUGAAACCGUGGUGUGCGGCAGUGCCUCUUUGAACUCCCUUACUGGUGGGGGCUUGGCCUCAGGGGGAACCUGGCCCUGGAUAGCCAGUCUGCAGACAAACGGAACACACGUCUGCGGGGGCACAAUGGUGGCAGAGGACUAUGUCAUGAGCGAUGCUGGGUGCUUCUCCAGUCAGUCCAAUGCCUCUAAGUGGACCGUGAUCAUGGGUCGUCUGAAGCAGAACGGCUCCAACCCCAACGAGGUAACCCUGAAAGUCAUCAACAUCACCAUGAGCAACUUGACGGAGAACAACGUGGCAAUCCUCCGACUGGCCAGCCAACCCACAUUGUCUGACUACAUCCAGCCUAUCUGUGUGGACCAAGGAAGCAGCACCUUCAGCAUAGGGACUCAGUGCUGGGUGGCUGGCUGGGGCAGGGGCCAGGGUGGAGCCGAACAGAACUUGCAGCAGUCCCAGACCUCUGUGGUGGAUUGUGAGAGCUCUGGCUCCUCUGAUAACAUCUGCACUGCUGCCUUGGACCUUCGACAGGGUGAAGGGGGUGGUCCUCUGAUGUGUAAGCAGGGUGAUGCAUGGUACCAGGCUGCUGUGUUGACUGUCGACAGCAGCAACAAGACCAGCUCCAGCAAAACACGAUGGAGCCGGAGUCCUCGCUCCUCCAACAUCCAGGUCUUCACCAAAACCGCUCGCUUCCAGAAUUUCCUUCAGACUACUGUGGGCACGUUCCCUUCACCCGUCACUGCCAGAACCCCCAUCAAUGACACCAACACUGCCAACAGCACAACUGUCAGUGCAACUACCGCUGUCGUUACUUCUGCCAGUGGGGCAACUCUGGCCCACUCAUCCCUGGUCCUACUCUUCUUGUCUCUCUCUCUCCUACUGUUUCUUGGUCAAGCCUGAUGCCGCUGAGAAGUCACCUUUAUGUAAACCUCUGGCAAUAGGAUCUAGAUGUGCUCUGUUUGAAGUAUGUACCCUUGCGCUUAAUAUAUUGCUUCUCUAGAAUAGAGUUUAAUCUUGGUUAAUCCAGAACUAAAAUCUUGCUUAAUUUGGUCAGCUGCGUGAUUUAGUUCUGGGUCCAUGUGUUUCAAAUUGAGAGUUUGGGUUUGCGAUGUCUCCACCCUUUGCAAAAGGAAACUCUCAGCCAAAGCACUGACAUUUAAUCACCGCCUUCGCCCAAUCCUGAUACGUCCAAAUGAUCAGUGAGGAAAACCUAAACAUUGUAACUACUGCUGCUCGUUAUCCGAUGAAUCCCAUUCCGUCACAACAGAUUAUUUGGUUUAUGUGCAGGAUUUGUCCACAAACAAUGCCUGGUCUAACGCUGUCUGCAACAGUCUACUGAAAAACAGAAGGUUUAUCUCAUCUAAUUGUUUAUUUAUUCUGACUGGAUUGAAAUAUGAAACUGCCACUGUAAUCAGUUUGAGCUCACAAGUAUUCUCUCUUUGUAGUCUAUUAUCAAGUCUAUGCAGGUCAGUAUUUCAUGUUAUGAGACAGAUCAGGAAAUGAUUUAUUUAAAUGUAAUGACUUGAUCUACUGUUGCAUCUGGAAAUAAAAAUGAUGAAUGAA